UUAGAGCUAGAACCAGUGGCAGUCAGUGAGUCUGUCCAGACGGCUGUUUGGACUUUUCGACAUGACGGAACAGGCAAGGCCCCGUAUCAGGUCUGUAGGAUUCCACGAGAAAGAAGAAGACUGGGUCAUUGUCAAGACUCCUGAAUCACCAUUUGUAGAGUUGUUCUGGGAAGUAAAUAAUGCAAUAGUAGAUAGAGCAGAAGAUGCUAUUUUUGCAAUACCGGCAAAGAUUCCUGAAGAACCAAAGAACGAUCAUGUAAAUGAACUUGAGAAAAAGGAAAGUGGUGAUGGGGAGAAGAAAGAUUUGCUGGAUGGUAUCAAUAGGGACGACUUGUACUACGAGAUUCUGUGUGAAAUAGUUCACACUGUUGGUCGCAGGAAAUGUCCUAAUGAGCACGAAGAGUUCAUGGAAUAUCUGCAAGAUACCUUCAAAAUUGACAAGGACAAACAUAAGUUGUUGCUUAAACAAGCCAGGAGUUCAAAGCCACCAAGAAUUGAACUGGAUGUGCAGAUUUUAGAGGCUCAGAAGCUUACACCAAAGGAUUCAAAUGGACUAAGUGACCCAUUUUGCUCCAUUUAUCUUUCAUCAAAUCGGAAAGAUGUGCGCCAAACCUCAGUAAAGCCCAAGACGCUAAGUCCGAUUUGGGAGGAAGACUUUAGUCUGAAAGUUGACAACGCAUGCGAAGAUUAUCUAACUAUUGAAGUUUGGGAUAUGGAUGCAGUGGAGUCAGUUAAGGGUGUUCUGACAACGGUAAAGGACAUAAAGGGAGUGUCAGGAUUCCGAAAAUUUAUCGAUGAAUUCAACACAGCUGCCCUUAGCAACGGAGACACCGUGGAAUACAUUGGAAAAUCUGUGAUCAACUUGAGAGACAUACCAGUGACCGGACAGACACUAUGGGUGGAUUUGGAGGCGAAGGGAAAGACGAAUAGCCAAGGGAUGUUGAAGCUGAAGACCGUUCUAAGGACUGACAAAAGUCCUCAAGUUGCUGCAAAAGAAUACAAACAUCUCUUGGAGGUAUUUGCGUUGCACGAAGUGGAGAGUCUACAGGAAGACGAGGAAUGGAGUGGUCAAUUGAGUGCAGCUCCGAGCAGUUUCCUUCGUCAGCAUAUGGUGCAGAACAGUAUGACUGUUAAGGAUGUAGCACUGUCCAAAUGGAUCGCAUACGCAGCUAUCAGCAGAGUACAUCCAGUCAGCCGUGCUGCCUUGGACAACGUGCUGCAGAAACUGGUAGAACCUAUCAGCAAUGGGUUGCUUACUGAGGAAGAGAUUGAAUCGUUUUGGAAUGCCACAAAGAAGAUCCUACCGAUAUGUUUAAAAACGAUCAGGUCAUUUUGGCCUUCCACUGAUUUAGAAGAGAGCAAAUAUGAUCUCCUAAAGAACACUCUAAGGUUUUUGUCGACAGUGGAUUUAAUUGUUCCCCACAUCCCUCAAUACGUCAGACUUUUUCCAGGGGAUAAUGUUGAGAGUGUAUCCACGAAUCAUAGUAUUGUCCACUUUGUUGAAAAGUCUAUUGCCCAUAGAGCAUUGCAAUGGUACGACGAAAUCUCUGACCUACAAAAUCUUGGUAACUCAAAAACUUCUAAUUUGAUAAGAGUUACAGAAACUCAAAGGGCCUGCAAGGAAAUUCUCGAAAAGAAGAUACCUAUACUGGCUGAAAUAUAUGAAACGACAUUGAAAAUAUCUUAUGCAAAGGUCGUGUUUGAAUCUUUGGACUCUGUGAUUAAAGAAUCUACAGAGCCUCUAGUAAAUCAAAUGUGUUCUGUAAUAAAAGGACGCAAAGGAGAAAGUCAAACUCACACAAAAAACGAAGCAGCUUUAGACAUUGGAAAGAAUUUGUUUACCCUCUACAAGAGUGUUCAGGGAUUGGUGAAAGUUGGUGCCACCACUAUGACACCUUCGGAAUUUGAGAGUCUUAGCCUCGCCACAUGCCACUCUUGGUUCUAUCCCGUGAUUCCUCUGUGGUUAGAUAGGAUUAAAUAUAGUACGAAGAGCCGCGAGGAGCAAGCUUUAGAACAAACAGGUUCCAGUAAAACCAUUGAAAGCUCUUACACAGAGGACUCGGUUGAUGAAUACCUUCAGAAGAUAAAAACCUUUUGGCAUGAACUAUCUUGGCCUAACCCCGAAGAGUCUAUGAAAAUGUUGGAUACCAUUAUGAAUGAAGUUUACAAGUGUAUUGAUCAUUGUAGUGACAUGAUUAUCUACGAAGUAAAAAGGAUUUUGAAAUCUAGUGAAGGUGAAGCUCAGAUGUCAAACGUUACCAAAGAGUGGGUGCGUGCUAUCAAAAGAAUAAAUAGUCUCAUAGGUAAAGUUGAAAUAUUUGCUAGCAAUGAGCUGAAAUUGGAUGACACUAUGAGGAAGAUUGCUGAAUCCAAAGGUCAAUCAGAAGCCAGCCAGCAAACGCACAUUUUAAAACAAACAUUAUCUGAAAUGAUAGACGUCUUCAUAGAAAAGCAGUCAUAUAUUGUAUACAUUCUUGUUGAGAAGAUGACACCAUCAUUGAAACACAUGCUGAUGGAAAGUACAGAAGCUACAAACAAUAAAGGAAUUGACAAUCUACUUGCACAUUUGGAUGAUAUUUUUAAAAACCUACAAUCUUUGCUAGGCUCUAAGGACAAUGAUAAAUUGAGUAGCCAAGUAUUCCAAAUAUAUGUUUUGGAAAUUUACCAAAACUUGCUCAAACUUAUAGAAAAGGAAACUAAACUUGGGAUUGAGAAACGCAAGUCUACAGCAUACUUUUCCAACAUGCGCCAAAUUAACGAGAAGCUAGAAAACUUCUUUGGCCGGUUUGAAAUGCUUAGUGACCACAAUCUUUUUGCUGUGAUCCAAAGAAGACUUAACAUUCUCGGGUCAAGUACUCCAGACCUCAUAUUGCAGGUUCACAAGAUUCGAAUGGCAGAGCAGAAUGACUCAAAGGACCAAACGCUGGGAGUGCUCAAUGUGAAGUUACGUUUUGUAGAAAAUACAUUGCGCAUUGAAGUCUUGAACGCCAAGAACCUGAAGGCUAUGGACACUAACGGUUCUUCAGAUCCUUAUGUGAGGAUUAAAUUUCUACCAGCAGAUAUGUUUAGAAACUUAGAAAAACCGAAAACUAAAGUUGUUAGUAAAAAUUUAUCUCCGGUGUUCAACGAUACUUUUGAAAUCAAACUGACUUCAGAUCAGAGGCAGUGCAAGGAAGCUAUGUUGUUGUUCAUGGUGAAAGAUCGUGAUAUGUUUGGAGCUUCGUCAGACUUCUUAGGGGAAGCUUACGUCUCGUUCAGUGACAUUCCGGAGUCUAAGGUCGAAGUUCAGGAGACCCAGCUGAGUCUGAGCGUGCCUUCAGAUAUCACCUUGGGGUGUGAAGAAAUGAAGACUUUGAGCGAUCGGAAGGACGACAAACUGGCAAGUCCGUUUGUGAAAUAUCAAAAGUCAAAGCGUAGUCACGGUUUCGUUCCUACUUGAUGGACAUGGGGGUGUCUACAAUCACAAUUAUGUUAUUAUGUAUUUAUAUUUAUUUGCAAACAAUAUUUCUUGAAAUGUAUACUCAAUUGGAUACCAAAUGCAAAUCAUUAUG